CGACUGCCGGAUGGGCUACAUUUUAGCCCGCGACAGCGUAACCGGAACGAAUUUGCCAGUUCUUGUUCGUCGGAAGAAUAUUGCAGUGAGGAGCGCAUGAUAGGACCUAUUCAUGGCUCGCUAUCUGCCAGAGAGACUGCAAGAUGCAGAUGUCGAGGAAUAUUCGGGGGAUCCAACUUUGUGCGACGAUGGCGUUUCUAAGAAGCCCGUGGCCACUGAGGAUGCCUUGGAAAUUGCCCUUGGCGAAAGCAGCAAUGUUGAAUAUACCAUUGACUCGGACAACUCCCCUUACCUGGAGGUGCGAGCUAACGUGCCAAACACGGAUGACCCUACCUUGCCAGUGAACACUUUUCGGAUGUGGUUUCUGGGUGUCGUCUUUACUCUUCUCGGUACAGGUGUUAACCAGUUCUUCUCCAUGCGAUAUCCAAGUGUGACAAUUACAUCCCUUGUGGCGCAGCUGCUCAGUUACCCUGUGGGUUGCUUUUUCGCCAAAGCACUGCCUAUCAUGAAGGUCCGCUUAUUUGGACGCUGGGAUUUGGACAUAAACCCGGACCACCAUUUCAAUAUCAAGGAGCAUGCUGUGAUUACGAUCAUGUCUAAUCUCAGUUUCAACCAAUCCUGGGCUAGUGCUAUUAUCCAGGCACAAAAAGUGUAUCUGAAGAUGUCAACGCCGGUCGGGUAUCAAAUCCUGCUGUCGCUAUCUAUGCAGCUGUUUGGCCUUGGUCUUGCUGGGCUGUCCUAUCGAUACAUCAUUGAGCCUCCUCAGAUGAUCUGGCCUUCCACAUUGGCGAAUGCUGCGCUCUUCCAAACACUACACAGCGGUGCAAACCCAAUGGCCGACGGCUGGAAGAUCUCCCGGUACCGGUUCUUCUUGUACGCCUGUAUUGGAAGUUUCUGCUGGUACUGGUUCCCUGGCUAUAUCUUUACCGGGCUGAGUACAUUCGCCUUUAUUUGCUGGGCAGCUCCUAACAACAAGGUCGUCAACAAUCUCUUCGGCAUGACGACGGGCCUGGGGUACAUGCCAACGACUUUUGAUUGGAGCCAGAUUGCCUACAACACUUCACCCCUGACUAUCCCAUACUGGGCUCAAGCCAACGUUUUUGCAGGCUGGUUCUGCAUAUAUGCUAUUGCAGCUCCAAUCCUUUACUAUACCAAUACAUGGUACACAGCAUAUCUCCCACUCACGAGCUCUGACGCAUAUGACAACACCGGAGGCCUCUACAAUUCAAGUCGCAUAUUGGACAGCUCGGGUGCCAUCCGCGAGGAGAUGUACAAGGCAUAUAGCCCGAUCUUCCUGCCUGUAACUUUCUCCUUGAGCUACGGAGUAGGGUUUGCAGUGUUAACUUGCCUGAUCACGCACGUGUUACUGUACCAUACCAAGGAUAUCAUCAGUACAUUUCGGGGGGAGAACAAGAAGGAUAUUCAUGCCAGACUGCUUUCCCGGUAUCCCGAUGUACCCUGGUGGUGGUACGCUGUUCUGACGGUUAUCAUUGUUGCGCUUGCAAUCAUGACCCAAUAUGUAUGGGACACAGGCCUCCCAUUCUGGGGUUUAUUUAUCACAUUGGCCUUGGCUGCUAUCUAUGUAAUCCCAGUUGGAACAGUAUAUGCCGUGGCGAAUCUGAACAGCAACUGCCUGACCGUCUUGGGAGAGAUUGUGUCUGGUUACCUUCUGAAAGGAAAACCCCUUGUUCUUUUGAUCUUCAAGUUCUAUGCAUACACCGGACUCAGUCAAGCUAUGUAUUACGGCGCAGAUAUGAAGCUGGGGAUGUACAUGAAGAUCCCGCGCCGAACUCUGUUUGUUGCUCAGCUGAUUGCCUGCAUACUGGGGACCUUGACACAGAAUGGCGUCCUGCUAUGGAUGCUCGGAAAUGUGAGCGACGUAUGCUCCGAGGAUCAACCGGAUGAUUUCACCUGUCCUCAAGGCCGGGUCAACUACAACAGUGCAGUUUUGUGGGGAGCAAUUGGCCCUUCCCGACUAUACAAUAUUGGGAAAAUCUACUCUGGACUCCUGCACUUCUUUUGGAUUGGGGCACUGCUCCCUAUCAUUACGUUUGCCCUGCGCAAGAGAUAUCCCAAGUCACGGUUCCUGGACGCCAUCCACUGGCCGAUUUUCUUUGCGGGGACCGGUAACCUGCCUCCUGCAACGGGUAUCAAUUACUCCACGGCAUUCGUGGUCAGUCUAAUUUUCAACAAGAUCAUCAAAGGGCGUAAGCCGCUGUGGUGGGCCAAGUACAACUAUGUCCUUUCGGCCGCGCUGGAUUCGGGCGUUGCCGUUGCAGCCAUUGUGAUCUUCUUUGCGUUGACCUUUCCGGGGGUUACCUUCAACUGGUGGGGAAAUACGGUAAACGAUGGCACGGUAGAUAGCAAGGGUACCCCGUGGUUGGAAUUGAAAGCCAACGAGACGUUUGGGCCCACGACAUGGGCUUAGGUACCUGCAGCAGGCCAGACAGCGGGAGGUAUCGAACUUGAAGAUUGACCCGGGUUGCAUGUGAUGGGCGAUGAUCGACAUUGCUUGGCUGCGAUUAAAGCCUGUUUGAGAUGAUUGAUUCGAAGUAAUAGAUGGCAUUUCAAAGCAGCCUUCGGGCGAGUAUGGCUGCAAAGUAUCUUGUAUGUCCAGCCAGGCGGCAGGUUGGUGCCUCAGGCGCUAAUCGGAGCGGAAGAUGGUGGGCCCGCCUUAUCUGGGCCAUUAGUCACGGGCCGGCGGGACGUCGGAGCGUCUCGAUAAGUGUCGAUAAGCAU